AUGCACGGCGCGCCGCGGUGGGGGGGCGGGGCCGCGGAGGCUGCUGGGGUCGCGGUGGAGGCCGCGACGCGGGGCAUGGAGGAGCUAGCGGUGAUGGCGGGGCAGGGGGACGCGGAUGAGCACAAGCAGCGGCGGUCGGGGGUCACGACGCCGCUGUGCCCGUCGCCACCGGCCACCGAUGGGGACGCGAGCGGGAGCGAGCGCGACCGCGGCGCUGCGGUGCCGGGCUCGCACCCACGGACGAUCAAGUACGUCGAGGCAGACAACGAGCCUCUGCUCCAGGAGAACGAGGACCGUUUCUGCAUGUUCCCGAUCAGCUACCCGGACGUGUGGGAGAUGUACAAGCGCGCGGUCGCGUCGUUCUGGACGGUCGAGGAGGUCGACCUGAGCCAGGACAUGCGGGACUGGGAGCUCAAGCUCAACGAGGACGAACGCGACUUCGUGUCGCAGAUCUUGGCCUUCUUCGCGGCCUCGGACGGCAUCGUCCUCGAGAACCUCGCCGUGCGCUUCAUGUCGGACGUCCAGGUCCCCGAGGUCCGCGCCUUUUACGGCUUUCAGAUUGCCAUCGAGAACGUCCACUCCGAGAUGUACUCGCUGCUCCUCGACACGUACAUCAAGGACCCCGCGCGCCGCACGCACCUCCUCCGCGCCGUCCACACCAUCCCCGCCGUCGGGCGCAAGGCCAACUGGGCCGUGCGGUGGAUUCACUGCUCGCACUCCUUCGCCGAGCGUCUCGUGGCGUUCGCGUGCGUCGAAGGCAUCUUCUUCUCCGGGUCGUUCUGCGCGAUCUUCUGGCUCAAGAAGCGCCUCCUCAUGCCGGGCCUCACCUUCUCGAACGAGCUCAUCUCGCGCGACGAGGGCCUCCACACCGACUUCGCAUGCCUCCUCUACUCGCACCUCAGGGCGCCGCUCCCGCAGGCCACCGUCACGCGGAUCGUGCGCGAGGCCGUCGAGCUCGAGCGCGAGUUCUGCUGCGAGGCGCUCCCCGUGUCGCUCGUCGGGAUGAACGCCGACCUCAUGGGCCAGUACAUCCAGUUCGUUGCCGACCGACUCCUGGUCGCGCUCGGGUACGAGAAGACGUUCGGCGUGGCGAACCCGUUCGACUGGAUGGAGAUGAUCUCGCUCCAGGGCAAGGCGAACUUCUUCGAGCGGCGCGUGGGGGAGUACCAGCGCGCGGGAGUCAUGGCGGCGCUGAUUCGCCGGCAGCAGGGGGGCGCGGACGGCGGGGACGCCAGCGCGGAGCACUCGUCGCACCAGUACGUGUUCACGACGGACGCCGACUUUUGA